AGCAGUCCGUCGUGGUCGAACCUGAAGCGUAUUCGCUCUGCAAUACUGUACACACAUUGAAAGACGACACACGUUUGCCUCUGACGUAGUGUCUAUUUCGGGAAUCUUAGUCUCAUAUACUUACGCCGAACUGACUUGGAAUCCUUUGUCUUAUUCAAAGUAUAUUGGCCAACACCUAAAUUAAAAUAAAGCUUCGUUAUAAAACGUACACCAUAAUGGGAAAUUUACUCAGUAGUGCUUCAAUAAGGGACAGUUCAGCCUCGAGUGAUAUUGUAUCAAGUGAUAGUGACACAAUGGAGAACUCAAAUGAUACUAGUAGUAAUGAUCUUGCUUCAGAAGAAUUCCAUGACACUGUUGAUGAUAAUGAUGAUGAAUAUAACAAGGCCCGCGCUAAAAUAAGAGAAAAGGAAAUGAGUGAUUUUAAUGCACAGUUAAGCAUCCAACGAGAAAAGAGGAAAGAAAUUUUAGAGUAUCACAGGUCCCAGAAGAAAAGUCUCGAAAAUGCAUUAAAUGAGGAACGAAAAUUGAAACUAGACGUUUGUGAAGAAAAUAAUUUACUUCGAGAGUUACUUGCAGCUAACAAUAUAGAGUUACCAAGUGCUAUUGCGGAAAAUAAGAACGAUUCCUCCGUUAAAGAUGCUGUAUUGAAACUUACAGAAGAAAUAGAGUCGUUGAAGUCUAACAAUAACAAACUUAGAUGUGAUUUAGCUAGUUCUAAUAAUACACUUCAAGCAGCUUACUCUGAAAUGAACUCUUUAAGUGCCCAAAAUUCAGAAUCUAUGAAUCAAAUUCGUGCUUUAAAAGAAGUCGUAUCAGUCAGUAAGACUAUGAUUUCUCUUCGUGAGGAACAGCUAAUUGAGCUAAAAACCAAACUCGCUGAAAUAGAACAAUCCCUUGCGGACAGAGAAACAAGCAUUCUUUCCGCCAAUCUUCGUCAAGAAUACGAGCGCCAAUUGCAGAAUAUACGUUCUCUUAGGGUACUGUACGAAGAACGGGCCCGGCUUGCCGAAGUAACAAGGCAAGCACUGGUAAAGGAUCUUGAAGAACAAAAAGAGCUUUAUGAAGCUGAAGUUGUUAAAUGCAAUAAUCUCACUGAUCAAGUUAAUGAACUCAAAGCGCAAAUUAAUCUACUAGAAGAUAAGAUUGAAGAUAAAAAUGAAGAAAUUUCUGCAUGUCAAGAAGAGAUGUCAAUUACAAAAGCUGAAAUGGCGGUUAUAAAUAAGCUAUUCUCUCAAGUUCUGUUGGGAUAUAAAACAAAGAAGGAUCUAGAUCAACUUAUACAGCGACUAGAAGAAAAUCAUGGCAUUUUGACACAUAUGGCAGAAAACGAGAACGAAUCAGAGGCUGCAUCAGCUUUACCUAAAUUGCUUCUAGAUAUAGUCAAUCAAUUUUAUAAUGGUAACAUCAAAGAUGAAGAAGAGAACAUUGAGCAGAACACAGAAGAUGAACAAAUAGACAAAAAUCGCAGCAACAGUUCAGCUGAAGAAAUAGUUCACAACCUCCCCAAGGUUUGGAAAGUACUUACGGAACUAUUGAGUCAUCAAUCUGACUCAACUCCAAAUGAUUCCGAAAAAGUUACUACUUGUUAUAAAUCAGUAGAGACAAGUUCUGGACCGGUACUUGUCCCAAGCGUCAGUCAAACGUACAUAAGAUUGAAGGAUUUGAUCGUUGAGAAACUUAGCCUUGUAAAAGAGGUAAAUCGUAUGAAACAGCUAAAUGCCCACCUAGAAACUCGCAUACAAGAGCAAGAAAAAAGUCUUUGCCUUGUAACAACUGAAUUGAGUAAAACAUGGCAUGUUGUUGCUAGGCUACGUAGGCACCAUCACCAACUACACACACACGAGAAAAUACUGAAAUAUGAACUGCAACAGAAACGCAAGCUUCUUACCGAAAUAAAGGAAGAAUUGGAGUAUUGCAAGGAAAAAUGGGAACAAGCGAGAGAAAAGAAUACUCAAACUGAAAGAGACUGGCGGAAAUUAAGAACAGAAUUUUCAAAUAGAAAGAUAAAAGAUUUGUCUAUUUUAAAUAAUUCAGCUGAAAGUGGUUACAGUGACGAAAGACCUUCAGAUGAAUCUUCGCAAUCAAAUGAUGAGAGUGAAUACGUCACUGAUAACAAAAUAAGAUGUAAAAAGAAACUAAAGAAGUCAUUUGAAACAGUUGUAGAUUCCAGUACGGAUGUAAAUUUGGCAGCAGAAAGAGAAGACCCAGUAAGUGAUAUGCUUGAUGUUGCAGAUUUGUCACUAGAUACUCAAGAUGAAAAUCAAGAGAUUCUAGAUGUAUCUGACUGCUGCAAUACUGAAAGUAUGCUUAGAAGUGACAAGAUUUUAAACGACGAGACUGAAGAUGAAGCAGCAGAUAUUGCAAAUGAUUCAUGUGCAGAAGAAUUGUCCAUUGCAGAAUUAAGACAGGAAGACUCCAUAAUUCAGAAAGGAGAUUCUACGGAAAAUUCCAUAAAAACUGAAAACAAUAACUCAUCUUAUGAUGAAUCAAUCCCAUCUUCCUCUAAAGCAUUAGAAAUGCAAAAUUUCGUUAGUCUAAAAUUAGACCAAUACAAUAAUAGCAAACAAAAUGAACCAUUACAAGCUGAAGCUCUUGCCUUAUCACAAUUAAGAUCAUCAGAUGAUGAAAACCCUAAUAUUACAUUGGAAACCAAUACUAGAAUUCAAUUAAUAGAUGCGGAAAUUAGCGUUGAUGAUGAUAAGGCACAUAGCACGAAUAAUGAGAUUUCUUCUAAAGAAUUCCCAGAUCAUGCUAGAAAUCAUUGUAAUUUUGAGGAAAACAAUAGCCACGAUAAUACUACAAAUGGCAGUACUGACGAAAUUAAAAAUGAAAACUUUCAACCAACACCUUCUUGUUCAACAAAUGUUAGAUCCACAUCUCAUAGUGAAAUAGAUUUGAAAGCCAUAUUGCAAAACAUAAAACGGCAAGAUGAACAUUUAAAACAGAAAGACAUGCGAUUGGACAAUUUGGAGAAAGGAUCUAGUUCAGUAGUUGCUAACAUAAAAAAUAUACUUAAGAACAGUGAUGCUAUUUUGACUAAGAUAGAAAAUUUACAGGAAAAUUCUCGUAAGUCAGACACGAAAGAAGAAAAACUUGAGGAAAACCAGCAAUCCGAACCAUCAAAGUCAAAUGAAAUCAAUCAUGAAGCCAGAUUUGCCGCUCGUGAUAUUAGAUUAAAACGACUUGAAGAGCAAACGAAAUCACUAGUGAAUAAAGUGAACGAUACUACGACUAAAGCAGUCAAAAUUAACUAUAAAUUAGAAGAACUUCAUAAUAUCUAUGGUUCAGAUCAUUCAAGGGCAGGUACCCCUUCAGAAGAUAACGCCGAUGGCCCUGAUCAAGAUGAUAACACAAAAUAAACUGUGUCAUAAAAGUUGUGUAUGUAUUUCUUUGGCAAAACAGAACAAUAUGGCAAACUGCUUUAUCAGGUAUUCCGGGACGACGCGCAAAAUAUUUGCCUUAUUGUCGCAAAGGCCAUAAUAUAAGAAGUAUUAUGAAAUAAACCUCUGUAGUAAUUUGAAGUCAUGCAUCAUACAUUUACAUAAUUUCGUAUCGUUACAUAUCUCUUGACAGUGUCACUUGCAAAAUAAAUAUAUAUAGAAUACACUUCAACUGUACUAGUA